AUGGCUGUUACUGAACGCAGUGUCGUAGAAACCAUGGCGAAGUUCACUUAUAUUUUAAUACUACUUUAUCUUCUGAAAACUAGUUUCGCCAAAGACUGUGCCGAUAAUAAAAAAACACCAGAAUAUUUCACGUGGUUGAAAGAACUUUUGAAAGAUAUACUGUCUUGCAGUACAAGAACGCCUCCACCAGGAAACACAACCAUUGAUAUCGUUAUGAAUGUGGAAAGCUACAGUUUUCAAACUGAUAAAGAAGUGUUCACAGCUCAAACGGCUUUAAAUAUAAACUGGGUAGACGAACGACUAAAGUGGGAUCCAGACAAAUACCACGGUAUCAAAGAAAUAGAAGCAGACCCAUUCUUAGCAUGGCAUCCAGAGAUUGAACUGAUCAAUGUGGCAGAUUACUUUAACUCUGAAAUGACAACGUUAUUCUUUUGUUCUAUCCACAAUACGGGACUUAUUACCUGUCGGCACAAAGUGCUCCAUGAAACAUGGUGUGGCGUCAAACUGACCAACUGGCCUUACGACGUUCAAGAAUGCAGUUUGGAAUUUGGCCAUGAGUAUAUGAGUAAAGAAAAUUAUACAUAUAAACUUAGAGCAUCUAUAUCGGAAGAAUACUCAGCUGGAUGGCACGUUUCUGAAUUGAAACAAGAGGACAAUGCUGGUGGCAGACCAGGAGUAGCAGUGACCUUUGUUUUGGUACGGGAAGCGGCUGGCUUGUCUGCAAUCUUUAUGUACCCGGCCUUAGUGUUAACAGUGCUUAAUGUUUUAUCACUAUUCUUAGAUGUGAGACGUGAUCUGUUCAAUGGAACGACUGGUGGUGCAAGGGAGGAUAGAGGGUCAGCGUCUUCGUGGUCGGUCACUAAUUAA